CAUCGAACAGGCCAGCUGAGCUCGGCACACGGGCAGCUCUGGAAGGCAGGGAGAGAUUCCAGCUAUCAGCCAGGAAGUGGGGCGCAGGGCAGUGGACUCCAAAGCAUUCCUGAGGCAGGCAGGGAGCAGCGUGGCCCUGGGAGAAACGAAACUGAUCAGAGAGCUAAGGAAAUGAAAGGAGGCGAGGCCUCUGUGCAGCAACCAACCCUCUGCAGCUGCUCUUCCCCUCCCCACCCUGUGCCUGUUGCAGUCCAGAAGGAGCAAGGGACAGUCCCGCUCUGCCAGGGGCACACACAGGCUAGUCCCGGCCUAGGCAGCCCCUGUUGUCUCCUCACCAGCACCAGUCAUGGGGCUCUACCAGACAGCAGCUGAGGAACUCGAUACGUUCAUCAGCAACGACCUGCAGCCCAACAGAGUUUUCAAGAACCAGAUCAGCACAGCCAUUCACAUCAUCUUCCUAUUUCUGACCCAAAACUGCUUCAGAAACUCUGGCUCUGCAAUGCGGGUGCUGAAGGUGGUUAAGGCCGGCUCGUCGGGGAAGGGCACAGCCCUGAAAGACGUCUCCGAUGUGGACCUCGUCGUGUUUGUCAGCUCGAUUACGGAUUUCCGGGCCCUGAAAGCAGAACGGAAAAAAAUCAUUGCUGAAAUCCAGACAAGGCUGGAGGAAUGCAGAGAGUCCCUGGGAAAAGACCUAGAGCUGAGCAUUAAGAAAACAAAGUGGGAGAACCCCCGUGUGCUCACUUUUACCCUAAAAUCGAAUACCAUGGAUGAACAUAUUGAUUUUGAUGUGCUGCCGGCUUUCGACGCUCUAGGUAAGAUGCACUGUUUUGGAUUCCCAGGGCAUCUAGUCUCUCUGGAUUCCCAUGGUGCGUUGCCAGAGCUGUUGCUACUUUCGAGAUAG